UCCCCACCGGACGUUGUAAAGAUUGUGAAAGAGAGGAAGCAAGAGAGGAAGAAGAAUAUAUCCAUAGUUCUAUACACAAAGCGUACCUGUUCUUUCGGUGUCUUUGUUCCAGAAGCCAGAAAAACUGCGAGCAUGGGCAAAUUCGGUGGAGCUGCGGUCCUUCCAGUAUACCGUGAAGAAGAAGAUGAAGACUUGUUCGAGACAUCAUCGUCCAUCUCAGGCGACUCCGAUGAUGAGGCUCAAUUUUCAGACAGCGAGGAAGCUGAAGCUCAAGAAGACCAGUUUGCGCAGCAGCCAGCGAGAAGGAUGAAUUCAGAUAGCCUCUACGAUCUGUCAUCUAUGAAGGCACAACUCCCUGUCAAGAAAGGAUUAUCCAAAUACUACGACGGAAAGUCUCAAUCUUUUGCAUGUAUGUCUGAGGUGAGAUGCCUAGAGGAUCUACGCAAGAAGGAGAAUCCAUACAAGAAGAUCAAAUCAUCCAAGAGCUAUGUAGCACUGGAUGGGAACCAGGAAGCUUGUCAUAUACCUGGCGCAAACAGCACAUCAAUAGCCAAGAAGUCUGGAAGUUCUUGCGCAAAUCUGAUGGCCAGGAAUAACACCAAAAGCAUGCUCUAUAGGCCUCCCCCAAUUCCUGUAAACAAAAGCGGAUAUCAUCAGUAGGAACAGUAUCGAAAUGUUUUUUUUUUGGGGGGUCAGGGUUUCAUCUCUGUUCUUUUUUCGUUGAGGAUUUUGUUGACAAGCAUAUUAGCCUGUCACGGAUGUAAGAGGAUUUCGUUCUCUGCCAUAUACAGAGAGUCGUCUUGUUCAAGGAGACAUCGAUUCUGUUUGUAAAUACUACAAUGAAAUUUUUCAUUGGACUGCCUGGGGAUGAUGAACAGCCUUCUGUCGAAA